AUGGCGGACGUUGACCUGUUGAUUAAAAACAACACGGUGAAAGUGUUUGUUCACGAUACUCGGAAAUAUCGUGCAAAGGAGAUAAUUGACUUAGUGGAGGAGAAACUUGGUGAGGAUAGUGUACUGGCUUGUGUUCCUUGUAACGGUUCAUAUGAUGUUACUCUUGUGCAUAAGGAUGUUGCAUAUAAAUUGGUGGAGGACGGAUUAAUGGCAGACGGUAAAGAAGUGGUUGACCAUGAUUUGUUCGUGAGCACUGCUUCAUGUGUUGAUAACGGAGUGAGUAACUGUUCGAGAGGUGGUGAUUGUUGUGAUAACAAUUCAAGGCAGGCUGACAGUGGUGUGAGUGGAGAAAAAAGUGAAAAUAUUAGUGAUGUUGAUUUGUGUAUUAAAAAUGAAGAUGUUUCUAUUAAUAAAGAUGUGGAUAGUUUGAAUGAUGUUGAAAUUGUUGAUGAUUUGAUUAAAAUAAAAGAUAAUGAUGAUUGUAAUGAUGAUGGUAAAAAUUUACUUUUUAAACGAAUUCCUGAUGAAACUGUUGUAACUGAUAGUGUGUUAAGCUCCCAGACUGAGAGUGAAAUGUGUGUCGACGAACUGUCACAAUCGUUUAGCAUAGAUGAAUCUGAUAAAAAUCGGGGCAAACGAGCAAGGAAAAAGAAACUGCAUAGUGAAUCAGAUGAUGAUUUUCUUAAGAUAAUACAUGAACGCAAAGUGAAGAAAUCUUGUCAAAAAAUUAAAUCUCAAGUUUUACAAAAUGUUCCUGAUAAAGAUGUUGUUAAUUAUGUUUCUAAAAGUCAACCAGUUAAGAAAUAA